AGCUGGUACUACAACAGAAACUUAGAGUCUCCUUGGCAGCGACUGUUUCAGUUUACACACGAAUGGAACAGAGUGGAAUCAUGCGGUGCGUCACCAAGUGACGUUCGCACGUACGCAAAGCAGUUACGCUCUCAGUGUGCAUGUGCAUGUGUGAGUGCGAGUGUGAGUGUGUGUGUGUGUGGUGUGGAGUAACAUUGAAAAACGCUCAAGCCAGACAAUGCCACAAUAAUAGGAAGAAAGAAAGUGGCAAAAGUGAGCCUUGACCUGAACCAAUGCAAGUGCAAAAGCAACAAUAAAACUCGAACAACAAACAAUAACAUCAAAAAAAUAAAGGAGUAAGGACGUAGUCAAAAAGUAGUCGAAAAGGAGCAGAAAGUAAAGACGCGUCAUGUCACCCACUGUGAGUCAAUUAAUCCACGCAACUGGAAGAGCUACAACAACGUGAAAAGCAGCGAAAGUUGAAACAAAAACAAAUACUGUGGCACAAUUGGCGGCCUUGCAACAACGGUGGAGCAUGGGUUCAUGUCUCGGCAGUUGUCUUGCCACCACCGACACAGCCACCGCCACCGCCACAACCACAACCACCAACUCCGCCUCCAACUCGAACUCCAACUCGAACUCCAACUCUGCAGCCUCAUCGUCUUCCUCAACGUCCAGCUCCACGAACUGCGAUACACCCGCUGCCAACAGCUGGUAUCUGUGGCGUUGUCCCCGAACGAGAGGCAGAGCGAGAGCAGCAGCUAGAGAUGAGCCGGAAGUGGAGCUUUUAUCGACUGCCAGCGAACGUUGCCAGCGACGUGGUCUUGUCUAUCGCAUAUUGAAGUUCAAGCGGAAGCAACAAUGCCCACAGUUCCUGGACAGAUACUGGGAUCAGCAGCCCAGCUACGCGAAGCUACAGAAUGACAGCGCACUAACGGAUAUACAGCUGCAGAAUCUGGAUGUGCAUAAGUUGGUCAAUGCCACCGCGACGUCCAGCCAGGAGACGGAAAUGCAGAGCUAUGUGCGUCUGGCAGGUUCAAGGGCCAGUUCAUCGCUAGAUCUGGAAUGGGAGCAUGAGUACUCGCAGCUGAGACAUUAUCAGCAGCGACAGCAAAAGGAGAAGGAGCAGCAGCAUCAGCAGCCGCUGCAAGAUACACCACCCAUGGUGGCAUCCCAAGCACGUUACGCUUCCCUGGACCAAUUGACGACGACAGCAUCGCAGGCCGUCAGCCAAGGACGUCAUCAUUCAGUGGCACGUCUGGCGCGAAUGGGCGGACAACGUUAUGGUGGCUCCUUUACUCGCACAUCCUGCUGCUCCUCGACACAGAACUCCUGGUCACACAUAUCCACACCCGAGUCACUUGAAUGGGACAUUGAUGCGGAGCAGGAACAGCAGCGUCAAUUGCGCCAGGAGGAUGACAGCUUAGAUGAGGAUACACUCAAGCUGCUCCAUCAAAUCGAACAGCUCAAGCAUCAUGUGCUCCAGGAGACAGGCGAUGGCUUGAGCAUGGGCGCAGGCCCAGCCAUGGCAGUGGGCGUGGCUGUGGAGGAGCUCACCGAUGGUCUGCAAUUUCGUGCGUCUCAUUUUGGUGUGGCUAAUGCUCACCUUAGUUGAUUGACGCAAGAUUAUUGUAAAUAAGUCGUAUAGGAAUGUAGACAUAGUGAACAAGAGACCUACGAAAGACCUAUAAGGCAUUUAAAGAUAUCUAAUAUAAUGACCAUUAGCGGAACUGGAGAGCA